AUGUGGCGGCGAUCCUAUCUCCUCCUCGUCGCCAUCCGACUGUGGUUUGCCCUUUCGCCAAGCUACCUCCACCCCGACGAGAACUUUCAAGGACCCGAAGUGAUUGCAGGCGAAAUAUUCAGCUACCCCGUGCGACGAACUUGGGAAUUCACAAACGACAAUCCCAUUCGAAGCGUGUUCCCAUUAUGGCCCGUCUACGGCCUGCCGAUGCUCCUCUUGCGCUGGCUGUGGAUUGGUAACGGCAACGAUGGAGAGAUUCCUCCCAUUGCGGUCUUCUGGACCCUCAGGGUCCUCAUGUUCCUUAUCAGCUUCGUGCUUGAGGACUGGGCUCUGCACGAGCUGAUUCCCUCGCCGCGCCAUCGUCGCGUGGCAGUUUUACUCGUCGCGUCCUCCUAUGUGACCUGGACCUACCAGACGCAUACCUUUUCUAAUUCCAUAGAGACCCUAGUUGUGGCAUGGAGCUUGGUGCUGAUCCAGCGCAUUGUGGACGCCAAGCAGCAAUCUACCCUUCUGUCUUCUUUCGGUCUCGGGAUUGUUGCCGUGUUUGGCAUCUUCAAUCGCAUUACAUUUCCAGCGUUUCUCUUAAUUCCAGGCUUUCGUUUGAUACCCCAUUUCCUGAAUAAGCCUCUUUCUCUCGCAGUCCUGGUCUCGGCUGCCCUUGUUACCUCCAUUGUCGCGAUUGCGCUGGAUACCGCAUUCUACAACUCCGACUCAGUUACAUGGACCGACCUAAUUUACAGACCAGUAAUAACCCCCCUCAACAACUUCAAGUACAACUCGGACACGGCCAACCUGGCCCAGCAUGGGCUUCACCCAUGGUACCAGCACUCGCUCGCGAACCUACCACUACUACUUGGGCCUGCUGCUGUGCUGUUCGUAACGAAGCCUCACCUAUCCAUUCGACUCUACUCCGCCAUUUCAGGGCUGGCAGUCCUGUCAAUAUUCAAGCAUCAGGAGGCCAGGUUUCUCUUGCCGACGGUGCCACUCAUUCUGUCGUCUGUUCAAAUUCCCACAAACAAGGCACUAUUACGUGUAUGGACAGGCGCAUGGAUUAUUUUUAACCUGUUUUUUGGUGUACUCAUGGGGGUAUAUCACCAAGGAGGUAUCGUUCCCGGCCAAGUCUUCAUGGCUGGCCAGCCUGACGCCACGAAUGCUGUCUGGUGGAAAACAUAUUCACCGCCUAUCUGGUUGCUCAAUGGCAAAAAUGAAGUCCUGCGAACCAAGGACGUUAUGGGUAUCAAAGGCGACGACCUGCUCCAGCAGCUGACCUCACUCGCAACCUGUGAUACUCCCGCAGACCGCCGAAACCAAGAGUACCUGAAAGAAAAGAACGGUACCUACCUCAUAGCACCAGCCUCCGCCACGUGGCUGGAUCCCUAUCUCUCAAAUAAAGGCUUACAGGGGCUGCGCUUCCGUGAGGUUUGGCGUCACCGCCAGCACCUAAACCUUGACGACUUGGAUAUUGGCGAAGAUGGCCUCUGGAACACGCUCACGAGGGUUGUUGGACGCAGAGGCCUGGUUGCUUGGCGCGUCACAAAAAGCUGCUAG